GCCCCGAGCAGCUUGCGAUCGUCUCCAGCCUCAGCAGCAUCUUCCCUCUCAGCAGACAGCAGCAGCAUCCCUCCUCAAUCUGCGCAAUGGCCGACGUACCAGCGGAGUGCAACAUAAAAGUGUUGUGUCGGUUUCGUCCUCUGAACCAGUCGGAGAUUUUACGUGGGGACCAGUUUCUUCCCAAAUUCCAAGGAGACGACACCGUCUCUGUUGGGGGAAGGUCCUAUGUGUUUGAUCGCGUGUUUCCAACCAACACCACACAGGAGCAGGUUUACAACACCUGUGCCAAGCAAAUUGUCAAAGAUGUGCUGUGUGGCUACAAUGGCACUAUCUUCGCAUAUGGACAAACCGCCUCCGGGAAGACUCACACCAUGGAGGGUAAGCUGCAUGACCCUCACCAGAUGGGUAUAAUUCCUCGCAUCGCUGAGGAUAUCUUCAAUCACAUCUUUGCCAUGGAUGAAAACCUUGAAUUCCACAUCAAGGUUUCAUACUUUGAAAUCUACAUGGACAAAAUCCGUGAUCUCCUGGAUGUGACGAAAACCAACUUGUCGGUCCACGAGGAUAAGAACAGGGUGCCAUACGUAAAGGGAUGUACUGAGCGCUUUGUCUCCAGCCCGGAUGAAGUUAUGGAUGUGAUCGAUGAGGGAAAAAAUAACCGCCAUGUUGCUGUGACCAACAUGAAUGAGCACAGCUCUCGCAGCCACAGCAUCUUCCUGAUCAACAUCAAACAGGAACACGUGGAGACUGAGCAGAAGCUGUGUGGAAAACUCUACCUGGUGGAUCUGGCUGGGAGUGAGAAGGUCAGUAAGACCGGAGCUGCAGGUUCUGUCCUGGAUGAGGCCAAAAACAUCAACAAGUCUCUGUCAGCUCUUGGAAAUGUCAUUUCUGCCUUGGCUGAAGGCACAAAAACCCAUGUUCCUUACCGUGACAGCAAAAUGACCCGCAUCCUGCAGGACUCACUUGGCGGGAACUGCCGCACCACCAUGUUCAUCUGCUGCUCUCCCUCCAUCUACAACGAAGCUGAGACCAAAUCAACUCUGAUGUUUGGACAACGUGCCAAGACCAUCAGAAACACUGCUUCCAUCAACCUGGAGCUGACAGCAGAGCAGUGGAAGAAGAAGUACGAGAAAGAAAAGGAGAAGAACAAGACCAUGAAAGACACCAUUCAGAGGCUGGAAGCCGAGCUCAACCGCUGGAGAAAUGGAGAGAACGUGCCUGAGACAGAGCGGACCACGCCUGACACGGUGAACCGUUUCGAGCCUGUGGAAGAGCGCCCCAUUUUGGACAAUGACACCUCCUCCAUUGUGGUUCGCAUUUCUGAGGAGGAGCGAAAGAAGUACGAGGAGGAGAUCCGCAAGCUGUACAAGCAGCUGGAUGACAAGGAUGAUGAGAUCAACCUGCAGUGCCAGCUGGUGGAGAAACUGAAGCAGCAGAUGCUGGAUCAGGACGAGCUCCUGGCCUCCUCCAGGGGUGAUGGGGACAAAGUCCAGGCCGAGCUUGGCAGGCUGCAAGUGGAGAGCGAUUGUGCCAAGGCUGAGGUGAAGGAGGUCCUUCAGGCUCUGGAGGAACUGGCCAUCAACUAUGACCAGAAGAGCCAGGAGGUGGAGGAGAAGGGCCUGCAGAACCAGCUGCUGGCUGAUCAACUGGCUCAGAAAAUGGCGAGUCUGAUGGAGCUGGAGGCGGAGCUCUCUCGUAUGCAGGAAGUGAGCGGUCAGCAGAGGAAACGCAUUGCUGACGUCCUCAAUGGGCUCAUGAGGGACCUCAGCGAGUUCAGCACCAUUGUGGGCAACGGGGAGAUAAAGCUGCCGGUGGAGAUAAGCGGUGCCAUUGAGGAGGAGUUCACUGUGGCUCGCCUCUACAUCAGCAAGAUUAAGUCGGAGGUGAAGAGCAUGGUGAAGCGUUGCCGUCAGCUGGAGAACAUGCAGCUGGAGUGCCACCGCAAGAUGGAGGAGACAGGAAGGGAGCUCUCCUCCUGCCAGCUCCUCAUCUCUCAGCAUGAGGCCAAGAUCCGCUCUCUGACGGAGUACAUGCAGAGCGUGGAGCAGAAGAAGAGGCAGCUGGAGGAGAGUCACGACUCCCUGAGCGAAGAGCUGGCCAAACUGCAGGACCAGGAUAAUUCUCUGCUUGAGGAGAAGGACAUGGAGAAGGGGGAGACUGAGGACGGAAAUGGGAAGAAAGCUAUCCGUCAGCAGGGGGAGUCUCACCGAGGCCUCCAUCACAAGCAGCUGGCCCGCCUGCGGGAUGAGAUCAAUGAGAAGCAGAGGAUCAUCGACGAACUUACCGAUCGCAACUCCAAGCUGGAGCUGGAGUUGGCUCAGGUGCGGGCUGACUUUGAGCGCCUGAAGAGUCAGGACAGCACCAAGAGUGAGCGUCUGGAGGAGCUCUCAUUCCUGCAUGAGCGCCAUGAGCAGACCAAACAGGACUUGAAGGGUCUGGAGGAGACUGUCGCCCGCGAACUCCAGACCCUCCACAACCUGCGCAAGCUGUUCGUUCAAGACCUCACGUCGCGGGUUAAAAAAAGUUCCGAAAUGGAACCUGAUGAUAGCGGGGGGUCUUGCACCCAGAAGCAGAAGAUUUCCUUUCUUGAGAAUAACUUGGACCAACUUACAAAAGUUCACAAACAGCUGGUUCGUGACAAUGCAGAUCUGCGUUGUGAGCUUCCAAAGCUGGAGAAACGUCUUCGGUCUACUGCUGAGAGAGUUAAGGCCCUGGAGACUGCACUGAGAGAUGCCAAAGAAGGCGCCAUGAUGGACCGCCGCCGCUACCAGCAGGAGGUUGACCGCAUCAAAGAUGCCAUGAGGGCCAAGAGUGCUUCAAGGCGCCCCCAUGCAGCUCAGAUUGCUAAACCCGUGAGACCAAAGCAGCUGCCUGUCUGCUCUCCAACAAACCCGUUCUACGCCUACAUCCGUGCCACCGAGCAAGGCAACGCCUUCAGCAACGCCCUCUUUCGGAGUAACGCAACACAACAGAGCAGCCCCAGCGUCAACUGCAACCCCAACUCUGUUCAGAGCAACACAGUUUCCACAGCACUGGGCUACAGAGCAGGAAGAUAUAACGGAGACAUAUUAGAGUCCUACCCACUCAACAUUGACAACGGCAACAGCAUCAGCGAAACCAGAGACAUAAACGAUAACAGGAGUGAUGCUCACUGUGGCAGUGAGGUGGAUGACUCAAACAGACACUACAUCAUUCAGCAGGAGACCGCUGCAAAAGACGACCAAAAACUGUACCUUUACAAGGACCCCCCCCCCUUCUAUUUGCAUGCAGCCCUUCUCCCUGUCUUUCACUGCAUCACCACUGAAGAUGACGAUGAAGAUUUGUAGCUCUCUAGUCUUCUAGUUAGAUGAAACCCAUCCUGCUCUUAUACUGACCGGUCUUGUGCUCAGAUUUGGGAUUCAGUCCUUUCCAGUUCAGUCGGUACUAAAAAAAAGAGUUGAAUCUUUUGUUCGUUUAAGUAGCUCAUCUAAAUGAUCACAUGGAUCCAGCAGCCAGUGAGUGAGUCACCAGAUAUCAUUGAUCACCUCCCGAAGUGGCUGAGCUGAAAGGGAGCUGACCCCAUUCCUGAACGCUUGGCACACAUGUUGUAUAUAAUAGUGCUGUAUACUCCAGUAGAGGUUUUUGACCAGCAACUGUUUGUGUGAAUGCACAGCUUCCUCCGUCCCAUACACGUAUUUAUUUUUAAGGGCAUCAUGUGGGUGACAUACUGUGAGCAGUCAUGACCUUAAUCUAUGUCAUAAAUAAGAGUGUAUAGUGUGUAACACCAGCUUGUAAGAGAAGCCCCACACUCUUCAUGCAUGUUGCUUAGCGGGUAGGCUUUCAAACCUGUGCAUGUGUCAUGAUUCCGCCCUGGGCCUGGUAUGCUGUGAGUGAAGUUUGAGGGACUUCAACAGAUGCCAGAAAAAGCGAGAGAUGGUUUCCCUUUAUCAUGAUUCUUUCCUCAAUGCUGCGCAUUUUCAUAUUUAAAGUACUUUUGAAAGCAGUUCUUAGUAGAUUAAUAAACGCAGAAAAAACAAAGCAACAUCUGGAUUUCCUUUUAGUGCAAUGAGAUGUAAUGAAAGUAAAGGAAACCCAACUCAGACUUUCAGUCAAGUCGAGGUAACACUUUGUCAUUGUUUUAAUGCUGUGAUGUUGCAGCUUUAUGAUGCCGCUGUACAUUCCUUGCAUUGCGGACACCCCUUUUGAGUCUUUUUACUAAGCCUUAACUUGAACUGAUAUCUCACAAUCAAAUUAUCAUGCUGUCCUUUGCAAACAUUUGUAAUUACUACCUCUAGAGCAGCCUAUUGUAUACGCUUCUUACAGUAUACACAUAUAUCAUCCUGUCAAAUAAGAACUGAUCUAAGAGUUUCUACAGCUGCAGCUUUACAGUACUAGAACCUGCUCAAAUAUUCAAAUGCUCUAUUCGGAGCUGUAGUUAUCUUCUUCUGCAGUUUCAUCUCUACAUCUUUUCAUUCUCCAUCACAUUACUGGAGCUUGACAAAAAAAAAUGGGCUUGUUAAAAUGUCACAGAGAGCCAGAGUAACAGAGGUCCUUAAACUUUAAUCUUUUGCCACCAAAUUUAAAGUGAAACAUUUGUUUACUGGCAGGAGAAAAUAAUUGUUUUAAGGCUGUAUGUUGGUGGUCCAGUGGUUUUGUUUCAGGUGAUUCAGGAGUGCACCCAGCUGAACAGCCACCAGUCUGGGACACUGACAAAAGCUUGGAACUGAUCUUCGAGUCAUGCUGCUAUUCCUCUGUGACAAAUCCUGAUCAGCCAAUCAGGAUAGAGAAAAGCGGCACGUCAGAGGAGGGCAGAAUAUGAAAGCUUUGUUUGCUCCUGAAUCACUGAAUCUUUGGAAAGUAUGGACCUAAAACAUGUAGUUUGUAUUUUCGAUCAUGUUUUGCCUGCAUGCUAAAGAGUGAAAACAAAGUUGCUGCUGAGUUUGUUUUUUAUCUUAAGUAUUUAAAAUGGAUUUGAUCUAGCUCUUUAAAGCGAUUCAACAUCUCUGACAGUUUUAGACUUUUAAUUCCCAAAUUUCAAACUAUAAAAAAGGUUUGAAAUGGUAUAAAAACCUUGGUUUGUCAACUGUCUUAUCUGGACCUGUUCUCAGUGGAAAUUAGCCCAGUGGGACCCCAGCUUGAAAGGUGUGAGACCCUCUUCAUUGACAUGACCCCUUAACAUUUAACACAUUUAAAACAGCGCCACUGGGCCUGAUGCUCUAACUGGCAUUAACAACAUCUCAGGGCUUGACAUUCACUCAUUACACCCACGUGCCACCACCAUUGUCUUCCUCCUAAACUAUGUGAUUGCUAAUGAACAAUCAGGUCAGUGUAUUGUUUUAAGGCUAAGAAAAAGAAUGGUAUGACUUAUGAAAAUAACACAAAAGUUGUACAUAUAUAUACCAUAACAUCUUUAUCCUAACAUAAGACCUCUGAGCUGAAGAAACCCCUCAGCAGCACCUGGUCAGACCCUUCUGUACAUGUGCAAACAGACCCUCUAUUUGAUGUCAUAUUUUGAUUUCCAGAAAUCUGAAUUGGGGGGGAGUGUGUACUAUCCUGUCACCUGCUGUAUCACUGUCGGAUUUUAACAUAUCUGAAAUACAUAUGCUAUAUAUUGUUAAUCUUGUAAGUAAAAUGGCGUGCCAUGAUACAGUAAGAUGCACGCUAACUUUGUCCAGAGAAAUGCUUCUUUUAUUUAUCUCUGUAUGCUUACUCUGUAGCGUCUACUUGAUUAUGUGAAGAAUCACCUUGCAGAAUUUCUGUAUAUAUAGGCUCAUCGCUAUGCUGUACUGUAUGUGAACCUCUGUGUUGUAGUAAAAAGUUCAAUAAACUUGUAAAAAGGAG